GCUUUCACGAAUGAAUAUGUAGUUAGUAUGCGACUAGAAUAACUUGCUCUUUAUAAUGAUUGUAGAAAGGAAACUUCAUUUUAACUAGGCAUAAAACUUAAUUAACAACCAAAUUAGAAAAAAGAACUUUGAAAAGUAGUUUAUCGCUAGAGUUGUCUUGCACAUGUGGAUCGUAGCCUGGUAUCUGUUCCAAGCAAACAAUAAACCACGUAAUUGAGGCAGUGACAAUGUGAAUGGGAGAAAUUGGGCUGGAGAAAAAAGUUUCUGGAAAAUGACAAGAUUUGUCAACACAUUUUGAGAGUGAAAUCACAUACUGUUAAGGUGGAGCGAUUGGAUAAGGAGCUAAGGACACAUCAGUGCUAAUCAUGGCAAAACUUUCUUUUAUAUACAAGAAUGUUAUCGCAUGGAUAGGAAUAUUGUUACAAUUGCAAAAUCUGGUUACAGCAUUGCCUUUGCUUGUACAAAGAAGAGACACAUUCAGUAUGCAACAAGGCCUAGAUUAUGUUAGAGGCGUAGGGAUACCAUAUCUUUGCAAAGCACUUCUCAGCUUGAACGUGCCAGAUGUUUCUGGAGACUCAGAGUCACCAAUAGGAAAAUUUGGUUACACGAUAUCUAACGUUUCAUUGUAUAAUGUAGCAAUUCCAAAAUCAAAUCUGACUGUAAGUCGAUCAAGGGGACUGACCAUUAGUGCAAUAAAUGCUACGCUGUCCAUCCAUGCGAACUGGAAAUACAAACAGUUUGGAUGGCCCUAUAUUAGUGACAGUGGUUCGUGCAAUUUGGAAAUGAAGAAUAUCCUUCUAGGCAUCACGCUGAAUGUUGAUACAAAGGACGAGUCUAAGCCAAAGGUUCGCACAAACGAUGCAGUCUUGAAAAUAGGAAACAUGAAGAUAAAAUUCUUCGGUGGCGCAAGCUGGUUGUAUAAUAUUUUUGCUGAUUCAAUAACAAAGGACGUCCGAGGCACGUUUGAACGCUUGGUAGUGAAUGAAGUCGUGUCUCUAAUCAACAAGGAGGGAAACAAAUACCUGGCAAUUUUCCCCGAUGUGAUAAAAAGCAUACAGACGCAUUUAAGAGAAGAACAUCGGGAGGAAAUACAUGACCAAGAAACUUGAGUUGAAAUAUUGGAUUUAUCGAGUUGAUAAUUCGAGUCAGAUUUGCUACAGGGUAAAUAACAUACCUUGUUUAGACAUGGUCAUUCUUCUUUCCAGUAUAUAUCGUUUUGUACAUCAGUGUAAUUUAUUUAGGAUAUCAAAAGUAUUAGCUUG